AUGGUCGCCACCGUUGGCCACCGCCAUCACCGCGUGCGACGCAGCGCGAUGAACAAGUACUUCUCGCGUGCGCAGAUUGCCCGUCUUGAGCCCGAGAUCAAGCGACUGGCUACUCAACUCUCUGAGAGCUCGAAUUUGAAAGCUGGCUCCCCCGGGGCCCGCGUUGUAUGUGAAGAGUCUAGUCCGACCUCAACCACGAAGACGAACAUUCCCACGACAGGAGAACGUACUCAGAAACAUGCAGGCGGCAGUCUGAUGUGUCUUCUCACUCGACCAUCGUCGUACAGGCACAAUGUCAACGACGCCCUUUCCGAGUGCAGAACCCACGACAUCUGGGCCAUGACCCUCUUCCACACCUGCGCCACCGUCCUCUUCUUCUACCGGACUGAGCCCGAGUGUGCCGCGGCCCCCUCAAUCGGACAUCCACUACCCGCCUUGGAGCAGAGUACAAAUCUGUUGAUAACAAUUUGA